CUUUAGUAAAAAAAAAAAAAAAGAAACAUCAUUUCUUCUGCCAGACAAACAAAGCAAAGCAAAAAGCCCGAUAUUCCAAAGCAUGGCACGACAACCAUCGAAUAGCGACAAGGGACAGCUCAUCCUCGGCUUCGACGUACUUUACAUGAUUCUCAUGGAUUACUUGGAAAAAGAUAAAGACGUUCUAAACUUCAUGCUAGCAAGCAAACUCUACUACGAGCAGUUUCAUAACGCUUGGCUCCUUCACAAUGUGCUCCAUCGCGGAUGUACGGCUCUAGAGGGAGCCGUGAGAGGAGCCAACAGGGUCAUGGUCGAGAGGAUACUUGAAAUCCCAGGUAUAGAAGCGGCUGUACCUCGCGGUAUGUGGCCAAUGACGGUCGCGAUCGCUAGAGCUUGUGGCUGCCUUGAUAUAAUGAGAUUGAUACUGAAGGUCAAUUGCGUCCGGACCAGUAUCGACGAGGAAGCCCACGAGAUUGCUAUAAAGGGAACGGAGGCGUGGAAAGGGCGGGAGUUUGGUGAUUCCUGGCUACAGAUAAUGUGGGAUGCUGUCCGAUCCGACCAAGCGGAUGUGGUAGAUCUGUUCCUUUCCCACGGCAUGACGGUAGAGCUGUGCGGUCCAUCCGGCAUGACGGCUUUGCACAUAGCGACUGGAGGCGCUGAGAAGGAGCAUCUCGUAAGACUUUUGCUGGAAAAGUAUAAAGCCGACCCGAACAACAUGGCUGUGACAUCCUUUCCCUGGUGGGACACACCUCUUCAUUUGGCGGCCGCCAGAGGCAGUGCUACAGUUGUGAAGCUGCUACUCGAGCACAAGGCAGACCCUUGUUAUGGCCAUGAGGGGGGGCUCUGCCCGGCCUUAGGAACGGCGGCCGAGAGAGGUCAUAAGGAUGUUGUGGAAAUCCUGUCACAAGAUGAGCGAGUCGAACUCAGCGCACAGGAUUGGAUGGGUGUGACAGUCCUGAGCGAUGCUGUCUGGGGAGGAAAAGCAGACGUAGUGCAGAUGUUGCUUGAAAAUGAGCGAAUCGAUCCAAACGCGCCGGCAUCCCACGGCCGUUCCCCACUACUAAUUGCCGCUCAAUAUGCUGCUCUCAACCCCGAUGAAGACCCCGACGAAGACAAAGAGACUGACGCCAGCGGGCUAGCAAUGACAAAGCUGCUUCUGUCCGACAAAAGGGUCGAUAUGUUCCUGCGGGAUGACGGUGGGCGGAACGCCUUGUUUUGGGCCGCACGGAGCGGCAAACACAAAGUCCUAGAAAUGUAUCUCGCCGACGGCAGACUUGAUCCUAACGAAACUGAUAAUGAUCUAAGAACGCCAGUCUCAGCUACAUCUUGUGAAAAGUGUAUGGAUCUCCUCAUCAACGACACGAGGGUCGACCUGAAUAUGGCAGAUAACAGAGGCAUGACACCACUCAUGCACAACACACUUGAGCGGAACAAAGCCAAUAUUGAGCGAUUGAUAUCCUCGUGCCGUGUCGAUGUGGGCAAGGUAAACAUGGAGGGAAACACGGCGUUAAGAUUGGCUCUUAGGACUCGCGGCUGCAACCGGAUUGUAACCCUGCUGAGAAUGGGCAAGCCGCGGGCUCCAUUGGCAGGCCGAAGGCAUUGGAGACUUAUGGAACCAGGAGAAGACGUUGAUUAA